AUGACGGCGCGGCGCGGAAGCCCUCCCGUUACAAGCGCCCUCGAUAAACGCUCCCGGGGCAAGGGGGAAGGCAAGGGGGGAUUGAGCACAAGGGGGAAUGAGCGCAAGAGAGGAUGGGCGCAACGCCAAGAGCGAGGGGAGGAUGAGCGCUGCCAUCCCCGCGCACCCACCGUUGCUGUCCACUUGCUUGUCUCCGUUGCUCCUCCCAGGUGCGCCGAGGACAGCCCCCCCCAACUAACGGUGGUGGUGGCGGCGGAGGAGGCGAGUGCAGGGACAGGCAGCGAGUGGGAAGCUGGGAGCAUGAUGGCAGCAUACAGGCUGGCCAAUUGUGAUGAAGGGCGAGCAGGGGAGGUGGGGGGAAAGAUAAUGAUGACAAAAAAUAAUGAAGUCAUAACGCAAGUUGUGGGCAAGGAUGUCAAGUUGUGCAUUGACAUGGUUGUACAUUCUUACAUAUCAACGGCUUGGAAUUUUAUGUCAAGGAUUAGAGCAGCUGCAUCAGUUUUGGAGAACGGAUUGGAUUGA